AAUUUUGAUAGUCGAAAAUGGAUAGAAGGGUUCGUUUUAAAACAUCGCCAAAGCGUGGCUGCGAUUGCCAAGCUUGGUCACUAUUGGCAGAAUCUGUUCAACAGUUAACAACUGAUAUAUACACACUUAAAUACACUUACAAUAUGUCUUUUCAAGCCGUCUCUGUGACAGUGACAACUUAAGUAUUUUGAGUUUAUUUUUGUUUCUUUUUUCUACUGUUAGAUUCGACUUUAAACUUUAAAUAUUAAGUUUCUUAAAUUUUGAUUUGACUUCGUAUUCACGUUUAGUUCUAAUUUUGUAUAAGAUUAUUUUAUAAAUCAUGUUUUUUACACCGCAAACAUUAUUGUCUAAUGUGGCCCGAGAAAGAUGUUUGUCUAAUAUAAAGGAACUGCCAUCGUUUUUUAGAGUAAAAGAACAAAAACCAAAUGUAUUUGCAUCAGUACUGGUGCCUUUAUGUAUAAAUAAAAAUGAAGUGUGCCUUUUGUAUACAUUAAGGUCUUCAAAAUUGAAUAGUCAUAGUGGUCAAGUAUCAUUUCCAGGCGGAAAAUUGGAUAACAACGAAACGGUUUACGAAGCAGCUUUGAGAGAGACCGAAGAAGAAAUUGGUGUUAAUCGUAGUGAUGUUGAUAUUUGGGCCAAGAUGCCACAGGUUCAAGGAAGAGGAAGUAUAUUGGUCACUCCUGUUGUUGGCCUUAUUAAAAACUUUGAAUAUAAUAAUUUACGUCCAAACAUAGAUGAAGUUGAUGAAGUGUUUACAGUUCCAAUAUCAGCUCUAUGCAACAGAAACAGCCAUGGUCGUUUAGAAUUUGAAAAUAUGUUCUUGCCUGUAUAUUUGUAUGAGAAGUACAAAAUAUGGGGUAUUACUGGAUUAAUCACACAUUUAUUUUUACAGAGUCUUUUGCCUGAAACAGUUUAUGAUUUUCAUUUUGAUAAUAAAAAGUUUUCAUUUGAUGAACUAAUGCCAUCAAAACUAUGAUAGAGAUUUUUACAAUGUGAUUUAGUUAAAUUUACCUUUUAUUACAUUACCUUGUACCUUGUGUUCAAAAUCUAAAGUUUGGGAUAAUUCGAAAUACAUUUUAUUACUUAACUAUUAUUUAAAUGCUCAUUUAUCCAGAUCAUCAUAUUAUUUAUUCAUCUGUUCUAGACAAAAUAUUUUAAAUUUUUUUUAUAAUGCAUGAAAUGGAAUAAUCACCCUGCUUGCGCUAUUGGUAUACACUAGCGAAAAACCAGUGAGAGGUGACUUAUUAAGAUGAAUACAGGUCAUUUGGCCUACAAUGAUGAAUUUGACAAAAAUUAACCAUGUCGGUUUCCAGGGGGAACCAUCUGGUAGACGACAUGGUAGGUUAUAUUGCUACCAAUGCGGCUAUUAGACCUCAUUAGUGAUGAUUGCUUUUUUUCCCAAAUGUGGACAAUUUUAUGACUGUUUUAAUUGAUAAUAUGAUCUUAUAAUGUCUUGACUUAAUACUUGACUAAUAAUGUCUCUGAGUCAGGCUAACUACCCUAUUCAUAUAUAUAUAUAUAUAUAUCAUCAUAUCUACUGCUAUAUUUUGCAGACGGGUUGACAAAUGCAGCUUGGCUUUUGAUGAUUUAAAAUAUAUAUAUGAGUAAAAUUUAAGUUGUGACCAUCAAAAGAAAUAUUCUGCAAGUAGAAUUGAACGUUUGCAACGUAAAAUAUAGAUAAAAAAGACCAAUAAAUGUUUAGCCUCCCAUAGUAUGUUCCGAUGUAGAGUUUUUAUAGAAGUCUAAAUUCAAUCAAUUCAUUGUUGUUUUCCAAUUUUUGAUUCACAAAAUUUCUGUCUAAUUCUAUUCUAUAUACUCCAUAUUAAUGUGUCAUUCAAAAUUGUCUGUAUUAAUUUUUUAUAUGUGUUUGAACUAUUUAUUAUAAUAACAAUCAGUAAUAAGUAUAUAAAAAUAUAAUCAGUGAUGAUCAUAUUCUUGAGUCAACAAUGUCCUGUGAUAUAUUUAUUAAAGAUAUAAAAUGUAAACUGUUGCAUAAUGCAGAAAUAUAAGUAGUGUACAAAUGAUAAAAAAUGUGAUAUUUUGAAAUUAUUACAUGCUAUUUUAUCAUAUUCAUAACAAUGUUUAUUGAAUGGAAUGAUAUAUUUGAAUUAUUGAAAUAUUAUUUUGAAAUGUUAUUAUUGUUGAUAUUAGUCUACUUCUAUGUAAUAAAUAAAUUUUCAUAUUUUAUUUGUUAUUCAUUGAAAAAUUUUUUGGCAUGAAUAUUAUAAAAUAUGUUGGGAAGUAAUUAGUUAAUUUGUUAUAGGUACUUACAAAAUAUAUAUUCGUUUUUAAUAAAAUAUUUUAAAAUUUAUAUAUUCUCUUUUAUAAAACA